AGUAGAGGUGGAGAGACUCGGGAAACCGAGCAGCCGGACGGACUGCGAGGGUGUUGGGCUGCGGUUCCAACCUGGACAUGGUCUGCACGUCCCCCACCCCGGCCCGGGUCCCACUGCCCGGGGGGACCCUGUGGGCACCGAUCGGAGUUGCGGGCACUUCACGGAGGUGUCGCCUGCAGCCUUUGCAGGGACUGACUUUGAACGCUCUCCGACUCGUCCGGACCAUGCACGCAGCCAGGACCCCUAGGCUGGCCACCCGCGCGCGCAGGACAGCCACCAGCGUCCACCAGCCGACCCCUGCUGCGUCGCCGCCGCCUCCUCGGCUGCUGCUGCUGCUGCCGCUUCUCCUGUCACCGGUGAGCCCUGUCGCUGCCCAGCCGGCCGGCCCCGGAGCAGCACCGCCGUCCCUGGGUUUCACCAGGGAUCCCGGGGUCCCCGCGGAGGAAGCCAUAGUGGUGGCGAACCGCGGACUCCGGGUGCCCUUCGGACGCGAAGUGUGGCUGGAUCCGCUGCACGACUUAGUGCUGCAGGUGCAGCCUGGGGACCGCUGCGCCGUGACGGUGCUCGACAGCGACGCGCUGGCCCAGCGGCCGGGACGCCUGAGCCCCAAACGCUUCCCGUGCGACUUCGGCCCCGGCGACGUGCGCUACUCGCACCUGGGCGCGCGCAGCCCCUCGCGCGACCGCGUCCGGCUGCAGCUGCGCUACGACGCUCCGGGCGGGGCGAUCGUUCUCCCACUGGCCCUCCAGGUGGAGGUGGUCUUCACCCAACUGGAGAUCGUGACCCGCAAUUUGCCUCUGGUCGUGGAAGAACUGUUGGGGACCAGUAAUGCCCUGGAUGCGCGGAGCUUGGAGUUCGCCUACCAGCCCGAGACCGAGGAGUGCCGCGUGGGCAUCCUGUCGGGUUCAAGCACGCUGCCUCGCUACGGAGAACUCCUCCACUACCCGCAAGUCCCCGGGGCAGCCGGGGAGGGGGGCGCCUCCGAACCCCUCUUGAUGGACUGUAAAGCCUUCCAGGAGCUGGGCGUCCGCUAUCGCCACACGGCGCCCAGUCGCUCGCCCAACAGAGACUGGGUGCCCAUGGUGGUGGAGCUGCGUUCCCGGGGGGCUCCCGUAGACAGCCCAGCUUUGAAACGUGAGCACUUCCAGGUGCUCGUGAGGAUCCGGGGAGGAGCUGAGAACAGCGCACCCAAGCCCAGCUUCGUGGCUAUGAUGAUGAUGGAGGUGGACCAGUUUGUACUGACUGCCCUGACUCCAGACAUGCUGGCGGCGGAGGAUGCCGAGUCCCACCCGGACCUGUUGAUCUUCAACCUCACCUCUCCCUUCCAGCAGGGGCAGGGCUACUUGGUGAGCACUGACGACCGCAGCCUCCCUCUCUCCUCUUUCACACAGCAGGAUCUGCGCCUGCUGAAGAUUGCCUACCAGCCCCCCUCCCAAGACUCCGACCAGGAGCGGCUGUUUGAACUGGAGCUGGAAGUGGUGGACCCUGAAGGAGCAACCUCCGACCCUUUCGCCUUCAUGGUGGUAGUGAAGCCCAUGAACACGCUGGCCCCAGUGGUCACCCGGAACACAGGGCUCGUUCUCUACGAGGGUCAGUCUCGACCCCUCACAGGCCCUGCGGGCAGUGGGUUGCAAAACUUGGUGAUUAGUGACGAAGACGACCUAGAAGCCGUGAGACUGGAGGUGGUGGCUGGGCUCCGGCAUGGCCAUCUUGUCCUUCUGGGUGCUUCCAGCGGCGGCUCGGCACCUAAGGCCUUUACAGUGGCUGAGCUGGCUGCCGGCAGAGUGGUCUACCAGCACGUGGACAGAGACGGUUCUCUCAGUGACAACCUGGUGCUACGGAUGGUGGAUGGCGGAGGCAGGCACCAGGUCCAGUUCCUGUUCCCCAUCACUCUGGUGCCGGUGGAUGACCAGCCACCUGUCCUCAAUGCCAACACCGGGCUGACACUGGCGGAGGGCGAAACAGUGCCCAUCUCACCCUUGGCUCUGAGUGCAACUGACAUGGAUUCGGAUGACGCCUUGCUCCACUUUGUCCUGGAGUCGCCCUUCUCAACCACAGGGCAUCUGCUUCUGCGCCAAACUCAUCCUCCUCCGGAGGAGGAGGAGCUGAGGCAGGGCCUGUGGAGGAAGCAGGGAGCGUUUUAUGAGAAGACAGUGACAGAGUGGAAACAACGAGACAUAACAGACGGGAAGCUCUUCUUCAGGCACUCCGGGCUCCACCAUCCUGGGCCAGUGAUGGACCAGUUCAUGUUUAGAGUCCAGGACAACAACGACCCCCCUAAUCAAUCAGGGAUCCAGAGGUUUGUGAUUCGCAUUCAUCCUGUGGACCGUCUUCCCCCAGAGCUGGCAGGAGGCUGUCCCCUGCGCAUGGUGGUGCAGGAAUCCCAGCUCACACCGCUGAGGAGGAAGUGGCUGUGCUACACUGACCUAGAUACAGAUGACAGAGACUUGCGCUACACGGUGACCCAGCCUCCCACGGACACAGACGAGAACCACCCGCCAGCCCCGCUGGGCAGUUUGGUCUUCACUGAUAACCCUGCAGUGGUGGUGACCCAGUUUACCCAGGCCCAGAUCAAUCACCAUAAAAUUGCCUACAGACCCCCGGGUCAAGAGCUGGGAGUGGCAGCUCGAGUGGCCCAGUUCCAAUUCCAGGUGGAGGACCAGGCUGGGAAUGUGGCUGCCGGCACGUUCACCCUUUACUUGCAACCUGUGGACAACCAGCCCCCUGAGAUCCUGAACACUGGCUUCACCGUUCAGGAGAAAGGCCUCCACAUCUUGGGUGAGAACGAAUUGCAUGUGAAGGACGUGGACACUGAUGUGGCUCACAUCUCACUCACGCUCACACAGGCCCCCAAACAUGGCCACAUACAAAUGUCCGGGCAGAUGCUGCGCGUAGGCGGACGCUUCAAUUUGGAGGACAUACAACAAGGCCGAAUCUCCUAUGUUCAUAGUGGGGAUGAGUCCCUGACUGACAGCUGUUCCUUAGAGGUCAGUGACAGACACCAUGUGGUGCCCAUCACUCUCAGAGUGAAUGUUCGGCCAGUGGACCGUGAGGUGCCGGUGCUAAGCCUUCCUGCUGGUACUUUAGAGUCCUAUCUAGAUGUCUUAGAAAACGGGGCUACUGAAGUCACUGCCAAUGUUAUUAAGGGGACCCAUCAGGACUCUGAUGAUUUGAUGUUGACUUUCCUCCUGGAAGAUCCACCUUUGUAUGGAGAAAUCUUGGUUGGUGGAUCUCCAGCAGAGCAGUUCACCCAAAAGGAUAUCUUGGAGGGCUCCGUUGUCUAUGCUCAUACCAGCGGUGAGAUUGGCCUGUUGCCCAAAGUGGACUCUUUUAAUUUGAGUCUGUCGGACACAUCUCAAGAGUGGAGAAUUGGUUCCAAUCUUAUUCAAAGUGUUACUGUGUGGGUGACCAUCCUCCCUGUGGACAGCCAGGCCCCAGAAAUUUCUGUGGGCGAGCAGUUUGUAGUGUUAGAAGGUGAUAAAAGUGUUAUCACCUCCACGCACAUAAGUGCUGAGGACAUCGAUUCCCUGAACGAUGACCUCCUGUGCACGAUAGUCAUCCAGCCAACCUCGGGUUAUGUGGAGAACAUUUCUCCAGCCCCAGGCUCUGAGAAAUCAAGAGCAGGGAUUGCCAUAAGUGCCUUCUCCCUGAAAGACCUCAGGCAGGGGCACAUCAACUACAUCCAGAGUGUGCAUAGAGGGGUGGAGCCAGUGGAGGACAGAUUUGUCUUCCGGUGUUCCGACGGCAUUAACUUUUCAGAGAGACAUAUUUUCCCCAUUGUAAUCAUCCCCACCAACGAUGAACAGCCAGAAAUGUUCAUGAGGGAAUUCAUGGUGAUGGAAGGCAUGAGUCUAGUGGUUGACACCCCCAUUCUCAAUGCCGCUGAUGGUGACAUCCCCCCAGAUGACUUAACGUUCAUCAUCACCAGGCUCCCCAUGCAUGGCCACAUCAUGAACCAGCUGAUCAACGGCACAGUACUGGUGGAAAGCUUUACCCUGGACCAGAUCAUAGAAAGUUCUAGCAUCAUUUAUGAGCAUGAUGACUCAGAGACCCAGGAAGACAGUUUUGUGGUUAGACUAACAGAUGGCAAACACUCCGUGGAAAAGACAGUUCUCAUAGUGGUUGUCCCUGUUGAUGAUGAGACCCCCAGAAUGGCUAUCAACAAUGGGCUGGAAGUGGAAAUUGGGGAGACCAAGGUUAUCAACAACAAGGUAUUAAUGGCAACUGAUUUAGAUUCUGAAGAUAAAUCUUUGGUUUACAUUAUUCGCUAUGGGCCAGGGCAUGGCUUACUACAGAGACAGAAACUAUCAGGUGACUUUGAAAAUAUCACGCUGGGCAUGAAUUUUACCCAGGAUGAAGUGGACAGAAAUUUAAUUCAAUAUGUCCAUUUUGGACAAGAGGGCAUCCGAGACCUAAUUAAAUUCGAUGUGACCGAUGGAAUGAAUCCCCUCAUAGAUCGCUACUUUUAUGUAUCCAUCGGAAGCCUUGACAUUGUCUUCCCUGAUGUGAUAAGUAAGGGAGUGUCCUUGAAAGAAGGUGGCAAAGUCACUCUCACAACAGACCUGCUGAGCACCAGUGACUUGAACAGUCCUGAUGAGAACUUAGUUUUUACUAUCACCAGAGCUCCUGUGAGAGGUCACUUAGAGUGCACAGAUCGACCUGGAAUGUCCAUCACCUCUUUCACUCAGCUCCAGCUGGCUGGUAACAAAAUCUACUACAUCCACACAGCAGAUGAUGAGGUCAAGAUGGACAGUUUUGAGUUUCAAGUCACAGACGGACGUAACCCUGUCUUCCGAACCUUCCGUAUCUCCAUAAGCGAUGUGGACAACAAAAAGCCAGUGGUCACCAUCCAUAACUUAGUUGUCAGUGAAAGUGAAAGCAAGCUGAUCACUCCCUUUGAGCUCACAGUUGAAGACAGAGAUACUCCAGACAAGUCCUUGAAAUUCACCGUCACCCAGUUGCCUGUCCAUGGCCAACUCCUGUAUAACAGUACCAGACCUGUCAUGGUUUUCACCAAGCAAGACCUGAAUGAAAACUUGAUCAGCUAUAAGCAUGAUGGCACGGAGUCAACGGAAGAUAGCUUUUCCUUCACAGUCACCGACGGCACCCACUCAGACUUCUAUGUUUUUCCCAACACAGUAUUUGAAACAAGGAGACCUCAAGUAAUGAAGAUCCAGGUGUUAGCUGUUGACAAUAGUAUCCCUCAAAUUGCAGUGAACAAAGGAGCCUCUACACUUCGCACUCUGGCCACUGGCCACUUGGGAUUCAUGAUCACAAGCAAAGUACUGAAAGUGGAGGACAGGGACAGCCUCCAUUUCUCUCUUAGGUUCAUUGUGACAAGAGAGCCUCAGCAUGGGAAUCUCCUCAACUUGGCCAAAGGCAACCACAGCAUCACACAGUUUACCCAAGCUGACAUUAAUGACAUGAAAAUAUGCUAUGUCUUACGAGGAGGGGCAAAUGCCACCAGUGAUAUGUUCCAGUUUGCGGUUGAAGAUGGUGGUGGAAAUAAGUUGACCAAUCAGCAUUUUCGUCUGAAUUGGGCAUGGAUCUCCUUUGAAAAGGAAUAUUACCUGGUCAAUGAGGAUUCCAAGUUUCUUGACAUUGUUCUGAAACGCAGAGGUUACUUGGGAGAAACGUCAUUUAUAAGCAUCAGCACCCGUGAUGGGACAGCGGAGAGAGACCGAGACUUCAAGGGCAAGGCCCAGAAGCAGGUGCAGUUCAACCCCGGCCAGACCAGGGCCUCCUGGAGAGUGCGCAUCCUGAGCGACGGUCAGCACGAGCAGGCCGAGAGCUUCCAGGUGGUUCUGUCGGAGCCCGUGCUGGCCGCCCUGGAGCUGCCCACAGUGACCACGGUGCAGAUCGUCGACCCAGGAGAUGAAUCAACCGUCUUCAUUCCCCAGUCUGAAUACUCCGUUGAAGAAGACGUGGGCGAGCUGUUCAUCCCCAUCCGGAGGCGUGGAGACCUCAGCCGGGAGCUGAUGGUGAUCUGCUACACCCAGCAAGGAACGGCAGCGGGCACCGUGCCCAGCUCAGUGCUGUCUUACUCCGAUUACAUCUCCAGGCCUGAGGACCACAGCAGUGUUGUCCGCUUCGACAAAGACGAAGACGAGAGAAUGUGCCGUGUGGUGGUCAUCGACGACUCCUUGUACGAGGAGGAGGAGACCUUCCAGGUCCUCCUUAGCAUGGCCAUGGGCGGGAGGAUCGGCUCAGAGUUCCCAGGGGCGAAGGUCACCAUCCUGGCCGACAAGGACGAUGAGCCUGUCUUCUACUUUGGAAACGUCCAGUACUCGGUGGAUGAGAGCGCCGGCUACGUGGAGGUGCAGGUGUGGAGGACAGGCACCGACCUGUCGAGGCCUUCCAGCGUCACGGUGAGAUCCCGGAAAACAGAGCCUCCAUCUGCAGAGGCUGGAACAGACUAUGUGGGAAUCAGUCGCAAUUUAGAUUUUGCACCUGGAGUCAACAUGCAGAGUGUUCGUGUGAUCAUUCUCGAUGACUUGGGGCAACCAGUGCUGGAAGGGAUUGAGAAAUUUGAACUGGUGCUUCGUAUGCCUAUGAACGCUGCCCUUGGCGAGCCCAGCAAGGUCACUGUGUCCAUAAAUGACUCUGUCUCCGAUUUGCCUAGGAUGCAGUUCAAAGAGCGAGUGUACACUGGCAGCGAAAGCGACGGCCGGGUAGUUGCGGAGAUCCACAGGAGCGGGGAUGUCCAACACAGGUCUUCCGUGAGGUGCUACACACGGCAGGGCUCAGCCCAGGUGAUGAUGGACUUUGAGGAGCGCCCAAACACCGAUGCGUCCAUCAUCACAUUCCUGCCUGGUGAGACGGAGAAGCCCUGCGUGCUGGAGCUGGUGGAGGACGAGCUGUACGAGGGCCUGGAGGAGCUGCGCCUGGUGCUCGGCUCUGCACAGAGCAGCUCUGCCUUCGGGGCUGCAGUUGGUGAACACAAUGAAACUCUGAUAAAGAUCCAGGAUGAGGCUGACAAGACUGUCAUCAAAUUUGGAGAAACCAAAUUUAGUGUCACUGAACCCAAGGAACCAGGAGAGUCAGCGGUUGUCAGAAUUCCAGUGAUUCGCCAAGGGGAUACUUCGAAGGUUUCCAUUGUGAGAGUUCACACCAAGGACGGCUCGGCCACCUCAGGAGAGGACUAUCUCCCUAUGUCUGAAGAAAUUGAGUUUAAGGAAGGAGAAACCCAGCACAUUGUUGAAAUUGAAGUAAUCUUUGACGGGGUAAGAGAGAUGAGAGAGGCCUUCACUGUCCACCUAAAGCCAGAUGAAAACAUGAUUGCAGAAACGCAGGUAACCAAAGCCAUCGUGUACAUAGAAGAGAUGAACAGCAUGGCCGACGUCACUUUCCCUUCUGUCCCUCAAGUUGUGUCCCUUCUGGUAUAUGAUGACGCCUCCAAAGCUAAGGAGGGUGCCGGACCUGUGUCUGGCUACCCAGUCAUCUGCAUCACCGCUUGUAACCCCAAAUAUUCAGACUAUGACAAGACGGGCUCUAUUUGUGCGAGUGAGAAUAUCAACGACACGCUGACCCGCUACCGAUGGCUGGUCAGUGCUCCAGCCGGCCCAGACGGAGUGACCAGCCCCAUGAGAGAGGUGGACUUCGACACCUUUUUCACAUCGUCCAAGAUGAUCACGCUAGAUUCCAUAUACUUUCAGCCUGGCUCCCGGGUGCAGUGUGCGGCCCGCGCUGUGCACGCCAAUGGCAACGAAGGCCUGGAGCUCGUGAGCCCUAUCGUCACCAUCGGCAGAGAAGAAGGUCUUUGUCAGCCCCGUGUGCCUGGGGUAGUAGGGGCCGAGCCAUUCUCAGCAAAGUUGCGCUACACAGGCCCCGAGGACCCAGACUUUGCAAACCUUAUCAAGCUCACUGUCACGAUGCCGCACAUAGACGGCAUGCUCCCCGUAAUCUCCACGAGAGAGCUCUCCAACUUCGAGCUGACCCUCAGCCCCGAUGGCACAAGAGUUGGGAACCACAAGUGCUCCAACCUCCUGGACUACACUGAAGUGAAAACUCACCAUGGCUUCCUCACUGACUCCACGAAGAAUCCAGAAGUCAUUGGAGAGACCUAUCCUUACCAGUACAGCGUGCCUGUCAGAGGCUCCAGUACCUUACGAUUCUACCGGAACCUGAACUUGGAGGCCUGUCUCUGGGAGUUUGUCAGCUACUAUGACAUGUCAGAGCUCCUCACUGACUGUGGAGGCACCAUUGGGACAGAUGGCCAGGUGCUGAACCUGGUGCAGUCGUACGUGACCCUCCGGGUGCCUCUGUACGUCUCCUACGUGUUCCACUCCCCGGCCGGGGUCGGAGGCUGGCAGCAUUUUGACCUGAAGUCGGAGCUCCGCCUGACCUUCGUGUACGACACUGCCAUCCUGUGGAACGAGGGCAUCGGCAGCCCCCCCGAAGCCGAGCUCCAAGGCUCUCUGUACCCAACAAGCAUGCGCAUUGGUGAAGAGGGACGCCUGGCCGUGAACUUCAAGACUGAGGCUCAGUUCCAUGGCUUGUUUGUUCUGUCACAUCCUGCUUCCUUUACCAGCUCAGUGAUCACGUCCGCUGACCAUCCGGGCCUCACCUUCUCCCUGCGUCUGAUCAGGAGUGAGCAGACCUACAACCAGCCUGUGCAGCAGUGGAGCUUCGUGUCGGACUUUGCAGUGCGUGACUACUCGGGCACUUAUACUGUAAGGCUGGUGCCGUGCACCACCCCAUCCAAUCAGGAGUUCCGUCUGCCAGUCACCUGCAACCCCAGAGAGCCCGUCACCUUUGACUUCGACAUUCGGUUCCAGCAGGUCAGUGAUCCUGUGGCGGCUGAGUUCAGCCUGAACACCCACAUGUACCUUCUUUCCAAGAAGAGCCUCUGGCUGUCUGAUGGAUCCAUGGGAUUUGGGCAAGAGAGUGAUGUCGCUUUUGCAGAAGGGGAUGUGAUUUACGGGCGUGUCAUGGUAGACCCUGUCCAGAACCUAGGUGACUCCUUCCAGUGCAGCAUUGAGAAGGUGUUUCUGUGCACAGGAGCUGAUGGCUACGUUCCCAAGUACAGUCCAGCAGAUGCAGAAUAUGGAUGCCUCGCUGACUCUCCUUCCCUCUUAUAUAGAUUUAAAAUCGUGGACAAAGCUCAGCCAGAGACACAAGCCACCAGCUUUGGAAGUGUGCUGUUUAAUGCCAGACUGGCAGUGGACGACCCUGAAGCCAUUCUUUUAGUGAAUCAGCCCGGAUCAGAUGGGUUUAAAGUAGACUCUACGCCACUCUUUCAGGUUGCUCUGGGCCGGGAAUGGUACAUACACACCAUCUAUACAGUGAGAUCCAAAGACAUCGCCCAUCGAGGGAUCGGCAAGAGGAGCGUGGAGUACCAGUACCACUCUCUGGUGCACCAGGGACAGCCCUGGGCAGCUGCAGAGAACUGGACGAAGCGGGAGAUCAAGAGCGCACCCCCGCUGGAGUGGGAAAUCGGGGCUGAGAACAACCGAGGGACCAACAUCCAGCACAUCGCUCUGGACCGCAGCAACAAGAGGCUUGUCCCGCACGGGAGAAUUCCCCCUGCUGGUGUGCUGCCCUGGGAGUUCAACAGUCCCGGCUCGGAGGUCAGCCUGUUCACUGUCUUGGGAGGCAUCGCGGUGGGGCUGCUCACCAUCUGCCUCACUGUCAUGGCAACAGUGAUGUGUAAGAGGAAGGAGACUGGGGCCAAGGGUGCACCGAGGGGCUCGGGAAGCAGCGAGCCGAUGAUGCCCCCUCAGAGUCACCACAGUGACAGCUCAGAAGUGUGAUGGCUGGGAGCCAAAACCUCCUUCACCUCACACUAGCUAGAACCCCAAGUGUUGGUGACAGUCAGCAGAGACUUGGGGUCUUCAGUGACGAAGCAGCUUAGAGACCCUGACUGUGCUAAAGGACUUCGGUUUGAACUCCAUCGCCUCUUGUGCAGGAAAGGACCAGUUCAGACCACAUCUUUCCUGCUGCCCAGAAGGCAUCAGGGAGGCAUGAACAGGUACACAAAGCCAAGGAUGGCUACUCGAGAAGAUACUUCUUGUUUUCGACAUGAGUGGGGAUGAACCUACUCGGAGGUGCUAACAGACUCUCUGGGAAGUUUGAGAGAAGUCGUUACUGUUACAUGCGUGUGAACUUUGGCGGUGCAAUUAUCACAUUGUUUAUUCAUUGUGUAACUGAUUAUUACUAGAAGGUCAUACUUGGUAGUCUGGAAGAGUGCUGAACAAAGUGUUUCAUGACAAGUUUUCUAAUAGGCGGAGACUGCAGGGAUUGAUGACCAGGGGCUAGCUCAACACCAAACCACCUAUUAUUCGUGAGUGAGGAGAUAGAAGGAAAGGAUAGAAAGACGGGAAAGAGAGCAUCCUCGUUUGGAUUUGAAUUGCUUCUCAUUCUCUUCAGAUGUUCAAUGUCUCAUUUGCUUACUUAAAUCUUAAAUCAAACCAAAGAAUAUGUUAAUUCUGGAGAUUUUUAAGAGAGAUGACUGUGUUUGGGCAGACAUUGAGUAACAGUCAAGCUCUUGCAGGGUAGUCUCCCUCAUGGUGCUUAGCUUUUCUGGGGGACCAAGAGGGUUAGAAGCUUGAGGACAAGGAAAUUUCAUAGUUAGAUUCACUGCAGGACAAUGUUCUUCAAGAACGGAGCCGAGAUGCUUGCAUUAUUGAACCCACAAAUGAUCAUGAGAAACAUCUUUUACCAAUGGCGAAGGGUGAACAUGGCAUUUAUUAACAUAACAGUUAGAACCAGAGUACUUAUUAUACAGGCUUUAUAAAACAGGACAGUUUUUGAGGGAUGGCAAAGGGGGUUAGCCCCAGAAUAACACGGCCACAUAGUAUCCAGAACUUUAAUCAGCCAUAGAAAGUUUUACAGGCUUCUAACCAGCAUCUAGUGCAAGCAAUGGGAAUCUCUGUGACCAUCACUGCUGAAAUGGAUUGUUUCAAUGAGUGCCAUUGAUCAUGCCCUGUGCUCCUGGAUGAAAGGCAUCACUGCCUGGCAUCUCUAGUGGGAGGGUGCUGAGGCCCCUCUCAGAAUUUAAAAUCUGAUUUGUGACACAUUUAUUUGCUUCAUAAGAGCUUCUUUGCUAUUUCCUUUGCUAUUUCUAGUCCAUUAGAAAUGUGUUUUUACCAAAUGCUAGAAAUGCUGCUGGGAAAGGGAAAACUUCCACAGUGUAAUGGCUAGUUUUCUAAAUCCUAGUAAAUGCAUUUUUAAACCAAAAAAAAAAAAAGUCAGGGGAGGUAGGAGGAUAGCUGUGAGGUCAAGGCCACCCUGAGACUACAUACUGAAUUCCAGGUCAGCCUGGGUUAGAUAGAGACCCUAUCUCAAAAUAAAUAAACACAUAAAUAAAUAAAAGGUCAGGAGAAAAAGAACAGUACAGAAGCCAGACCCUCCAGCUGCCUGGGAUUCUGUCUCACCUCUGCCAUAGCCUGGCCAAGCAGGAUGUCCUGGUGACCUGGAGACAUUGGGAAGGCAAACUUUUCAGGGCGGUCAUCCAUCCACGUGCCAGCCAGCCCUUGGUUGAUAAAAGGGAGCUAAUGCUAGUUCUAAAAGAGCGAUGGCAAGUGCCCUUCUUUCAAGGCAGUGUUGCCAUUCACAUUCAAAGCCUCAGAGCCUUUCAAGGGAUAAAGCCGAUUACAGUAUCCUUCUGCUCCAGACUCACAAAUUUCACCGACGUCUCAAAAGGACUUGUGUAAACAGAAAGUGCUGUCCAUCCCAGGGGUUCAUUGAUCAGAACGAAUGGUAACAUGUUAUCAAUCAUCACCCUUCCUUUUGCGUUACUUUCUGGUAGACAGUGAGCUACAUCCUUGGUUACCUCAUCAUUUGUCCGGGAAAAAUAUGAAUUAAGCAGUAUAGCCUGGUGUAUCAUGUUACUGCUUAGCAUUCAGAAGGGUUCAGCUUAGGAAGAGAGAACAAGGGCUCUAGAGCGGCCUUCUGAUACAUUAGUGGCUAAGGGCUUCAGAGCCUGAUGACAAUGUCAUCUUCAGGUAUGUCAAGCAAGUGAGAAAUCAGUGAGACAACACUAUAACACUGCUUUGAUACCAAAUGUCACCCACCCAUACGUUGUCCCAAGAAGUGACUGUCUCUGAAUUGAAUAGCAUGUCAGACACAGAACAAGCUGAUCCUUCCCUGAAGAGAAAGAAUUCCUUCCCUUCCUCUAUCUCUCCCUCCUUCCUGCCUUUCUUCCUUCUGUCUCUCUUUUCUUUCUCUUCCUGUCUCUCUUCUUCAUUCUUUCCAACCCCUUGAACAAAAGAGAAUGUGUUAAAAAUAAUCCAGUUGCCACUUUCUUAAACAUAAAUUGUUUGCCUCAAUUUAAAAAUAUUUUUUCACUAGAUGCGACUUGACCUAUGGUAAUUAUUCUUAAAGUCUGCAGGAGGAAAAGUAAGGAAAACCUUUUUUUGAAUAAAGCAGACCCUUUGUUUUCAGUAUUUUUUUUUUUUAGUUCUUUGUUUAUUUGUGUUUGUUUUAAAACAUGGUUUAGGAUAGCCUAGGGUAACCUCAUACUUAUGUAGUCAAAGUUGGCCUUGAACUCAUGACCCUCCCCUUCCCACCUCCCAAGUACUGGGAUUACAGACAUGCACUGCCACGCCCAGUUCAGUAUUUUGUUUGGAAUUAUGAGAACAACUACAUGGAGUAACUUGCCGCUCAGAGCACACCAGUAAUGACAGCUCCUUGAUCACUCCUAACUCCAACCAACGUCUGGUUCACAUUACAUACGAAAACUAAAAAACACAAGUAAUUGUUACCAUUUAGUCACUCCCCUAACAUAUAAGCCAAUAAGCAUUAAAACAAAUACUUAAGUUUUAGUAAUUGCCUCAUUUGCUCCUAUUUAUUCCUUCAGCUGACAUUUAAUGAAUGUUUUCUCCAGGAUUUUGUGGCAAUGGCUCUGUAUUAUUAACUUGGUUUUGUGGUGCUGGGAUUUGAAUCCAGGGCCUUGGUAUGCUAGCUAGAUCAACACUCCACCAUGGAGCUAUAGUCCCAUUCUAUAAUCAAUCUGUACUUUGAGACACGGUCUCACUAAGUUGCCUGCACUGACCCUGAACUUGCCGUCCUCCUUCCUCAGCCUCAUUGCAAACCUGCAGCCCUGCAGCCAGUGUUCACCUAGGACGGACGAGUCAUUCUGAGAGAUCACGUGGACUCCCAGCUGCUCUCCCUGUCCUCAGUCAGCUUACAAUAAAGUGAGGCUCUUUCUUUGGACUCAUGUGUCAGAAUUGUGUUACACUCUCUUCUGGACCAGGAACACAUCAGACAUACCAAUGAUCCACAAUGUGACAAUCUCUCUAGACCACCAACAUUCGAAUCCACUCUUUUUUUUUUUUUCAUCUAAGAAGUAUAGGCUAUCGGAUAUAAAUCAUUCUUGGCACAGAUUGAGUGAUGCUAAGUGUUUCAGGCCAGAAAUCGCCCUUCGCUGAGUCACAUAAUAGAAGUACACCGCAGUGUGGUGGGUGACACUGCCCCUCCUUUCCUCCUGCUGGAUGACAGGGCUGCUUUAUUCCUGCAGGGACAUCCAGCAGGCUCGCUCUUCCUCCCGUCACUUCUCCAGCACCUGAAACCUGCCCUCGCUCCACCAGAGUCCAGUCACUGUGAGUGAAGACCAGCUAGAAUCUUGCAGCCUGCUUAGCAUUUGUGGGGGAACCCCCUGUUUAUUCAGCACAGAGAUCCUGUCCUGCAGUCAGACAAAGGGCUUUAUCAAGUCACCUUACCCCUCAUUCUUUUCCUCUAAUUCCAAAGUGAGCAUCCAACAGGUAUAAAAAUUACAAAAUGUUUUUUCUCAUACACGCCAACACUAGGAGGUGAACUGCUCCUGGGAUGAACCAUCUGAAAGUAGUGAUCUUAAGAAAAGGCAAUCAUACUAGAGUUUAAAAGUUGCUAAGUUUGUUUUGAAAUACAAACCUAUGUAAUGUUGCCUUGGAAGUCAUUCAGACCUUUAAUUUUAAAAAAAAAAAAAACUGUUAAUGAUGCAAACAUUUUACAUAUUGGAAGCUCCCAUUACUGUACUACUUUGAAACAUCCAUGUGACCGUUUUUUAAGCCUUUUCAUUUUCUUAACCAUGAUAACAAUAAUUAAAGAAUGAAUAGAGAAGUCUUCACUGGCCAUAUGGAAAAUAAACAGGACUCAAAUGCCCAAUUAGGCUGACUUACCAAGGCUCAGAAUAUAUCAUUUGGCAGAAAACUAUAGAUGUACAAACACACACAUAUAUACACAUAAAAACAACUCAUUUAUACAUAGAGAUUACCCUGAGGGUGUAGGUCUGACUAAAAUAACUCACAUGAUUAUUUUCAAAAUCAACAGAACAUUUGUAAAAAUCUGUUGUUGUCGGAGUCUCCUUGACAUUAGUUAAACAAUAACAUAUUUCCUUAAAACAUGUUCCUAGAACUGAGCCUAAUAUUAUACUGCAAUGCCAGGAGUUUUCAGAAAACAUCCAUCGGUUCAAAGUAGCCUCACUAUUUCUUCCCUUUUCCAUAACCUUUCAUAUUAAGGAAGAUUUAAGGAGCUAUUUUGAUUUUGAUAAGAAAUUUCAAAAUAGAACAUUAUAAUUUCCUUCCCUUCCCACCAGAAAAACCACACAGAAAUCACAGGGAAAGCUGAUUCUCUCUAACAAAAAUGAUUUAGACAAAAGAUGCUACAAUGAAUUUUUUAUUAGGAAAAAAAUAAUAACAUUGAGCCAUUUGCUUUCAUCUUUAUUUUUCAAAUGCACUCCCUUUCUUCCCACGUACUUUUUUCCAAUAUGUUGUUUUGCUAAAGUACGAUAAAGAACUACCCCAACUUUGCUCUCUCCUCUUCCUUCUCUCUCUCAUUCCUUUUCCUCUUCCUUCCUUUAAUGUAACAAACAAGAUUUUCCGCUCUGUGGAUUUUUUCUUGCUCUUUUUGCUUUCAUUUUUCUUGAGAUACCAUGACUACUUUCACUGUGUAGUGCGCAUUCUUAUCCAUCUCAACACUGUGAGACCACAACACAUCCGGCAGUGUCCUUCCUGGGCCAAACAGUGAAGCUUUGGGGCAAAAGGAUAAAAGACUUCCCGGCAAAGGUCAAAGGAUUGUGUUAAAUAGCAUGGUUAUCUGUGCCUUGAUUUUCUCUCAGAGUAAAUUCAACCUUGACAUUUAACAUGUAAAAAUUCCUUUUAAGGAGUUGAUUAGGAAGAAAAGCCAAAGAUCACAUAAGUGAAGCUCACUAGGGUAGCUGAAUGUUUUGCAGUAAGAUCAGUGGCCAGAGACGUUGUUCAGAGUUGGUAGCACUGAACUUUUUGACAUACUUACUAAGAGCCCAAGACUCUUUCACGACUAGACAGACAAUAUUUUCCUUAAUUACAUAAUCACUUCAAAAAUUCAGGUGGAUUUCUACAUGGAUUUUUUUUAAUAUAAGAAGUGUCAAUAUUGUGGCAUAAUGAAAGAAACAUAUUAAUAUAAUUGUUUAAAAAACUAACUAAAAGGAAAGAGAAUUAUAGUAAAAAGUACUUGCAAAAUGGAAAAUUAAUCUUGCUUGUGUAAGAAUAAAAGAUAAUUUUUGUAAAAUAAAUCGCAUUAUAAAAAGUAGUCCAUAGAGACUUUUCAACUAUGGCUUCAGGAAUUCAAGUUUCUGACAAUGUAUUUUUAAAACCCAUUUAUAUAUAACAAAGAAAGCCCUGCCCUGGAUGAGGACAAUUGUGUUAAGUGCUUCCUUCCUUCCCAAGUACUUUCCAACACACGAAGUACAUUUAUAUUUAUCCACCACUGAGUGACAUGUCUGCUUGUAAUGGCAUUACCUGCAGAACUUCGCAACCUUUUCGUUUUCUUAUGGGAAUUCUUGACGCUAAUAGGGUCUGGUCGUCUCAUGUACUUGCUAAGUUACUGCAUGUUUGCUGGAUAUUAAAGUUUAUUCCUGAAAAACUAAUUAUACAAAUACAGAGGAGUCUUUUAGUCCCAAGUCUGUGUCUAAAAUUAUUCCUGCUACUGUUUUUAUUGCAUAACUACACCUGUUUCCCAUCAGACCAUACCAUGUGUUUAACAUUAAUAAAACCCAUAUAAGCGUU